GUCAGAAAGAAUGUCCAUCCAGGUCGGUCCCCGAACCUUCCAUGUCACGGACAUUGAUCGCGAAAAAUGCACACGCGUCGUGCCCAUGCGCGUCUUGUCGUUUGGACUCUUCCGGACUGGAACUGAUUCAUUAACCGAAGCCCUCCGCAUCCUCGGCUAUAAUGAAGCAUAUCACGGAUACCAGCUAAUGCUAGGCAACCCUCGCGACGGGGAGAUGUGGAUGCGCGCGUUGCGGGCGAAAUACGACGGGAUCGGCAAGCCGUUCGGGCGCGAAGAGUGGGAUAAACUGUUGGGGCAUUGUCAGGCUGUUUGUGAUGUUCCGGCGCUUUGCUUUGCCGAGGAAUUGAUAGAGGCGUAUCCCGAGGCGAAGGUGAUUUUGACGGUGAGGGAUCCGGUGGAGUGGUAUGAAUCAAUCCUCGAAAUCACAACCGUCUGCGAACGCUAUCCCCUUCUAUACCUCUUCCUCCCCCUCCUCCGCGCCAUCGACGCCCUCUGCCGAAGUCGUUUCCGCUGGGUCCUGCCAGUAAUCAGCCGUUCCGGACGGGAGAUCCUCCGCGGGCGAUUGAAAGAAGACGGUCCGCGGAUCUACGAGGAACAUUACAAGAAGAUCGAGGCGCUGGUGCCGCCCGAGCGAUUGCUGCAUUAUCACGUGCGCGAGGGCUGGGAGCCGCUGUGCGAGUUCUUGGAGCAACCCGUUCCGGACGUGGAGAUUCCGAGGGGGAAUACGAAGCGAGAGUUGAGGUUGAGAGUGCAGGGGUGGAUGGCGUUUGAUUUGAAGGAAUGUGCGGUUAAGGUGGCUACCACGGGGGCGUUGGGGUGGUUGGGGUGGGAGGUUUAUAAGGCUGGAGUUAGGAUGGUUGGGAGGUGA